AGCAAGAAGCACGCCAACAAGGUGAGGCGGUACCUGUCCAUCCACGGCGGGGAGGAGCUCGCCCACGGGAAGAAGAUGAAGCUGGAUGCGAAGCAGGACAGCAAGCAGGAAGGCAGCAACGGGGAAGACAAGAACAAGUGUUGUCCCAUCUGCAACAUGACCUUUUCCUCUCCAGCCGUGGCAACAUCUCACUACUUGGGCAAGACUCAUGCCAAGAACAUGAAGCAGCAGUCCCCCAAAGUGGAAGAAGCAGUGUCCCCACAGAAACAUCCUGCUACCCUCCCGACCUCUACCGUGUCUUCUAAUGAAGAGAACAAGGACAUUACUGACCCAGACAAGUUCUGUAGCCUCUGCCAUGCCACUUUCAACAACCCCCUUAUGGCAAAACAGCAUUAUGUAGGCAAGAAGCACAGAAAGCAAGAGACCAAACACAAGCUGAUGGCACACUAUGGCCGAACCCCUGAUGCACCGGCAUCAUCCUUCAUGGCUGGGAAGGGGUACCCCUGCAGCACAUGUAACAUAGUACUGAACUCCAUAGAGCAGUACCAAGCUCACAUCAGUGGCUUCAAACACAAGAAUCAGAUGCCAGGAGCAGUAGCGGUUGUCGGAGCGUUCCCACCACAGCAGUAUGUCCGGGAAGAGUCAACUGCCCCAGGAGGCUACAGUUAUUUCAGCCAAGACUUCUAGAGCAAAUUGCAGCACUGCUUUUGGAGUUGUUGGUGGCCCAAGAACGCACAUCCUUUGCCAGCCCACAAUGGUUUCAUUAUCCCUCUGGAUAAGCAAAGCCCUACCCUCCUGUAUGCACCCAUUGAGCAGAACGGGGACUGAAUCUGUCAAAAAGGAUCCAGCUGGAAGAGACUUGCUAGACAGCAAAUACUUCA